AUGAGGUUCCUCGAAGAUAUAUCUCUACCGACUGAGCUAUCCCCACCUGCCACAGUACUGUAGUCAACCGGAAAGUAAUAUUAAAAAAUUGAACCACCAUCACACCCAACGUGGCAUUCAACGCGUGAAUGUUGAAACGAUCCUAGAUGAUUCUCGCGUUUGUCCUUCUCUCGAUUGCAGUUCGGCGACAGCAUAAAGCCCCUGGUGAUCGAGUUGUACAUCAGGGCGUUGACCACCGACAUGAACGAGCUCGAGAGCCAGAAGACAAAGUCCGACACGGAGAAGGUGCGCGAGACGGCUGAGCGUUUGAGCACGCAGUUCCUCAAGUUGGCGGACGUUGUCGGUAGCAAUAUCGGCAUUGCCCGGGAAUGCGUGCUGACAGCGUUCUCCCUGCAUCCUACGAGAACCUGUUACGAUAGGAUCAAGGAGAUCGCCGUCGAGUGCGGGAAAACGAAAGAGGACGGCGGCGGGGGGACGACGACGUGCGGCGACAACAACGUGGUCGUCGGUAGCGAGAAACUGAAGCACAUCCUCGAGAACAAUCAUUCCAGCGUGGGAGGGCUGAAGAGAACAACAACCGACGGCAACAACAUCGGCAUCAUCGGUAACGGCGAGAAGAACGACGAGACGAGCAACUCCCCGUUGUUCCCGGUCGUUACGACGAUAACGACGACAGCGUCGACGAAGAAGAACAUGGACUUCCAGAACGGGCAAGUGAGCAAGAGCUUCGAACGGACGGACCAGCUGUUGAAGAGCCUGCUGACUCCGAAGAAGGGUGGGGGCGACACGGGUGCGAUCUCGGUGAACGACAGAUGUCUCUUGCAUCCGAAGAGGGACCCGUUGUCGAACGGACCACUCGGCGAGCUUUGCUUCAACUGCGGCGAGUUCACGGGGAACGACAUCACGACUCGAAGGAGCAAGUCCCCGGAGGAGUCGAGCGACGGCACGACGGCUUCGAGGAACGUGGAGAGAACGCUCGACGCUCUGAUUCUGAUCAAGGGUGACGCGGUCACGGGUUCGGCGAACUACGACGAGAAAUCGGUGCCGAAUCAAGUGCUGGACGCGGAGAAACUCGGCCUGUCGCCGCAGCUUUGCGACGACCUGGCCGUCGUUCUCAGCAGUCCCCGUUACCACAUGCUCAGCUGGGUCUUGGACUGGAAGGAGCUGAACAGCCUGUGCGAGAGGUACCUGGAGAACGCCGAGGAGAUGCGCAACACCAACAAGGAGCUCAAGUACCUCAACAUCGACUACUCGCAGUUCAAGGACUGGCCCUCGGAGGACGACACGAAGGACAUCUUCUUUGGCAUAGAGAAAGGGUACGAGCAGUGGGUGGACUUGCCGUCGGACGGCUCGGAACAGUUUGGCAGCUUUCAACCAGCCGGUAGCUACAAGAGAUCCUCGACGAGAAGAAGCCUCGACGACACCACCACCACCACCACCACCACCACCGACUCGGACAGCGGGAGCGUACUGCGGAUAAGGAGGACAGGCAGACAGAGGAAAAUUCACAGGCUAGAGUCGUCCGAGAGCGAUUACGACAGCGCGGAACGCCGUAAGCCGAAGCACUUUAGGAACAGAGUCAGCUCGAUGUCCGACACCGACAGCAACACGCAGGACAGCCAGACGGACAGCCUCGGCAGCGACGGAUGCCGGCGGCUCGAGGUGAAGAAGAAAUCGUCGAGCAAAUCGUCGAGCAAAGAGUCGAGUAAGAAACGUUCGAAGCCCUCGAAACUGACUGUCGAGUCGGUCUCGCAUUUUCACAUGCUCGUCAACGAGAACGUCCGACACGCGAGCACGAACGAGGACGCGAGCGGCUCGGACGUGAGCAGCAACGACAUAAUCACCCUGUUCUCGGCCGACAUGGACGAGAACAAACGGGAAACGAUCAAAGGUUCGGCGUACACCGCGGCCGCGCCGUUGAUAAUCACCGAGAGAAGGAGCGACCCGGCGGUGCUCAAGUCGCUGAGGAUGUUCAGGCCGCAGAACUCGAAGAAGUCAACCAGGAUAUCGCAGAUAUUGCAGAAGAAUCUUCUGAACAAGAGCAAAGACAAUAAUAACCUGGAGAGUAACGGGAACAAUAUAUCCAAGUUCGCCCCGAUGCUCAGCACGCUGAACCUGAACCCGAAGAUCGUGUUGACCAGGGCGGACGAGAUCGACAGGAGGCUGAUCCGUUCGAAGAAGCAGCAACGACUCAGCAGCGGCGACAUCACCAGCGAGUUGAUGAACAUUCAGAAGAACAUGCCGUUCUCGCCGAACAAGAAUCCGUUGUCCACGUAUCAGAAGCAGCAGAAAGGCAACAACGGGGCGUCGAUCACCGGUAAAACGAAAAACGACCUGUCCUCCGCCGCGGACGGACGGGACUUGAACUCGAAAACGACGAACCUGGGCAAACGAAAGUUCGACAUUCUCGCCAAGGCUGUCAGGGACUCGGACAUCCUGGCGAAGAACGUGCCGGGCUUGAACUCGUUGGACAUGAUGGUGCCGCCGAGGAUGCGACCCACGGUGAAUGUCGUUCAGCUCUCGAGGAACAUUCCACAGAGUCCGAACUCGGGCUCGAUCAACAGCGGUAACACUCCACCGCGGCCAAACAGAACACCGAGCGUCGCUGGCAACAUCCAGCUACCCGGUACACCCUCUUCCGGGGGGCACGACAGCGGCGUCGGCAUGAGCCCAGCCGGUCAGACCCCCCCUCCACCGACCAGGUCGUCGUCCAUUCUUCCCGACGUCGGCGAGGAGACGAACCAACCGCCCGACAGUUCGCCGACAUCUUCCACCGCCACCAACCUCUCCAGUCAACUCGAACCGGACUCCAGCCCGAGAACGAUGCCUGCUAUUCGGCGAACUAACCAACAGCAGAACCAGUCGCCGAAGAAGUCUCCGUCUCCGUGUUCGGCGGUGGUCGCCGCAGCCGCUGCCGCCGCCGCCGUGACCACCACCACCACCACGAGCUCGGGAGUCGCCUCGACGACCAUCGCGUCUGAACAGUUGCAGAUCGUUUGCAAACCGGACGGCACGUACCAAUUGGCCCCAGUGAAUCCGAGCGUGGUGUCCAAUCAGAGGAACAUGCUCAGCCUGCAGAACAUCGACGACGCGACGAGCGUAGCGAAUUUCUCGCGGCAAGGCCAGAGGGGGGUGGUCGAACACCCGAACACGACCAACAGCAGGAGCACGUACGAGAGGUUAACAUCCGCGAAAGUGACGGCGCAGAACGCCGGGCAGAACGCCGGUCUGCCCAAGUUUCAGCAAGCCUUCGGCAAGACUAUAUACACGCUGUCGGCGGACACGUCGGCGAGCGGCGUGACCGGCGCCGCCUCGUCGGAAACGCUGGUGCAACAGGCGGUGGUGUCGCCGCAGAAGACGGCCAAUCUGUCGAAGGCGGUGCAAACGUCGGUACCGAACGCGCAACAACAGACGAACGCCACCACGGGGAUAAACGUACAGUCGAUCGCGAACAUUCCAAACACGUUGCAGCUGUCCACCAGCAGACAGAUCUUGAACAUCGUGCAGAGCUCUGGAAACAACGCGAACGUGGCCACCAGCCCGAACGCGAAUCAAACGUUGACGCAGUUGGUGCAAAGCGUUCAGAACGCCUCGCCCGGUGUCAUAUACACGCACAAAAUUCCCGUUACCAUAUCCACCACGAAUCCCAGUCAGCUGAACAUUAUACCGACUAUAUCGCACGCGAACUCGAUACCAGCCGGCAGAACGCCGGUCCAGCAGCAGCAGCAGCAGCAGCAGCAACAACAGCAGCAGCAGCAGCAGCAGCAGCAGCAGCAGCAGCAACCGCCACCACCACUACCGCCGCCACCGCCAUCGCAGCAGCAACAAUCGACGGUCAGAACGGACAAUUUGCUCGGGUCUCCCAUAGAGGUACCGAACCAAGUCAGUUCGACCACGUUGGAACAACUGAGAGAGUUCGAGAGCGUGUUGGAACAGGUGAAGGAGAGAAGCACGAUCCAACCACAGUCUCACCAGACGAUAUCCACCGCGACCACCACCACCGUACAAACGCAGACCACCACGCAGCAAACGCAGGCCAGCAAGCAGCAGGUGUCGCAGGACGUUUUCUCGCAGAAGGUCUCGCUGGCUUACGUGAAUCAGAACGCGGGCUCGGCGGCGGCGGUGGCGGCUGCCGCGGCGGCGGCCGCCGCCGCUGCAAAGACCCCCAACUCGUCGACACCGGUGGUCGUGGUGACCAGCUACUGUCAGCCGGCUGCCUCGCCCGCGUUGAGCGUCACGUCGCAGAGUUCUUCCAGCCCGUGCGUCACCCCGGCCCCGGCGCCUCUGCCCUCCGCCGGGAAAACACCACCUACGCCGCCCUCCUCGAAAACCGCGAAGAAAACGGCACCGAAGACGGUGAAGACGAGCGCGACCAACACGUCGAAGGCGUCGCCGAUACCGAAGCCGCAGCAGAAGCCGCAGGAGGACGAGCAAACCGCCCAGAGGAUCUACGCCAUACUGGACGAGUACGCGGAGCAGCUGCGAAACUCGCCGGAUCUGAACAACAAGCCGGCACCGAGGAGAAGAUCCAACCCGCCGACCAACCCGAGUCAAUCGUCCAAGAGGAAAAAGUCGAGCGCGAACAAGACGAAGCCGGCUGGCCAACAGAACUCGGAGCUUAGCCCGAGCACGGACGACCUCGGGAGGACGAUGGGCAGCGAGGACUCGUCGAGCGGCGUUGUACACGUUCAGGAUAGUCCCGCGGGUUUCUCCGCCCCAGACGAGCCGGCGGCCAACGUGGCCAGCGUCACCACCGACACGACCGCCGCCGAGGUUCGAAAUCUGACCAACGACUCGAACGACGGCGUGGAGUUGAACGUGAAGCGGCGAAACCUGAUCUUCGCGGAACCCGGCUCCGGCCAGUCGAGGGCGGUGAUCGUUCAGGAAGCUGUGCAGACGAGUUCCGUGAGCGUGAGCGAAGCCCUGGCCUCGGUCACCGGGAAGAUGGGAAGCACGGCUGUCCUGGUACCUGGGCCUAACUACAUCUUGCCGAUGAACCUGGUGAAGGGUCAGCAGUUCACGAUAGUGUCCAGCGGGUCCAAGCUCCUGGCGACCGUGCCGGCGACCGUGCGAACCACCGGCAACACCGGCGUCUCCAACACCCUGGUCCUCCAGUCGUUUCUGAAUCAAGCGGGCAAAAUCAUCUCGCAGCCGGCGCAGGUGAAGCAAGUGAAGAUACCAACGCUGCAGACUCUGUCGAGCAACCAGACGUUGGCCACCGCGCAGAACGUCCAAGGCGCGUCGGUGGUGAUUCCUCAGGGUGCCGGGGCCCAAGCCCAGUUCACCGCCAGCGACGUCGUGGCCAUCGAGAAGAGCAACAUCAUCGGCGACCUGACCAUGGCUAAAUCCGACACGGUGGCGGCGGGGGCAGUGACCGUCGAGUCGACGACGAACGCGAUCGUCGUGAACAAGAGCAACUCGACCAUCGGUCUGAUCCAACGUAACCUGAACGAGCCGUCGGAGAGUCAGCCGAUAUGCGGCGUCAUCACCAGCAAUCCAAACUUGACUCUUCAGGGUGCCAGGCUGUUCAACUCCUCCAUACACAAGCUGACGACGCCGGGCCUCAAGUCUGAGAACGUGGUGUGCAUAACGCCGACGGCGACCAUCGCUCACAGUCCGGAGAAGAAGUCACCGCAGGAAAGUCAGAUUCACAACGACAAGCCUGUCUCCAUCCAGACCGGCGCGACGAUCGCUCUUGCUUUUGCCACUCAGUCAGACGUGUCCUUGUUGAACGACGCGCAACAACAACAUCAACAUCAACAUCAACAGCAACAACAGCAACAGCAAACGCAGCAAAAAGAUACGAAGGAAAUAUCGACGGAAAUAAUCUCCGGUGCCAAGAUCAUCUCGCCGAAGACGGUCAAAAGAAAAAUCGACGACACAACGGGUAUGUCGGAGAACGUUCCGAAAACCUUGAUCACUACUUCCAACUCUGUCGUUUGUUCGAGCAAUGCCGUUGCACCGUUGCAGAGUAACGAAAAAAUUGACUCCAUGUCCACGAUAACGGUUGCGAGUAAACAGUCCGGAGGUAUAGAUAACGCGACGCAGUUCUUGGUAACUGGCGGGCCGAGUAGCUCGGACAGCCAAGAGUCCCCCGUCCAGCAGUCCAGCGAGGGUAUCGAGGUGUCGUGCAAGGUUGGCAACGGCUUGCUGUAUGGGAACGCGAGACUGCAAGAGGCCUGGGAACCAGAGGGCAAAGUGUCGCCGGACACACCUUGGCGAUACGUGCCAACGUCCACAAACUCGUUGAACAUCGAGCCGUUGAACUCGAGAUACUCGGACAAUUCGGAGAACGUUCAGAGCGUGUUGCAGAUCAUCAACAAGGGCCAGAGCAUCGAGAUGGCCAGCGGUCAGAUCUAUCAGGCAAACGCGAAAAAGUACUUCAUGAAUCACACGUUGGAGUCGUUCCAGCAGUACUCGAACAAAAGCCACGUGAUGAAGACACCGUUGAACCCCAGGUUGGAUCGGGAGUUGCUGCAGCAGAAGGAGAGGAAAGCAGCGGCGAUAGAACGCGAGAUGAAGCUGCAGAAGAGCUUGUCGGAGGAGUGCGAGGAUCUAGGCGUGGACAAGCCGAGCACCAGCGAUCUGUUCCCAGAGGCGGAUCUGUUGUUCGACACGAACCACUCGCCGUCCUUCGAUCAUUCCUCUCAGGACGCGUCCUGCAGUCAGUCGCUGGGCAUGAAGUCCUACAGUGGUUCCUACUUUCGCUCUCUGGACUCGUCGAGCGGCAGCAGAGACGCCAGCCCCGUCGCCGAUUUCAAGACCACCAACAUCGAGCGUAGAAAAAGCAGCGGCGGCGGCGGCCAGCGAGCUAGAUCCGCGAAAGAUUCCUCGAAGAGGCUCAAAAGGGACAAGAUGGAGGAACAUCUGCAUUUGGAGAGCUCGGCGAAACACAUGCGGCUAACGUUGGACAACUUGAGCCAGGACGAAGCGUCGAACAGCAACUCCGACAUCUCGAGACUGUCGCCGACGAAUCUCGGCUCGCUGGAGAACGACUCGCUGAAGGGGACGAGCCGGACGAAGAUCGCGUCGAGGAACGGCUCGAAAGAGGGCUCGCCCAUCAGCGUGUCGAGCAUUCCGUCGAACAUGAAACUGGACAUCGACUUGGACUUGGAAUCGCUGCCUCCGAGCAUCAAUGUAAAUAACACCUCGGCGGCAAGCUCCGGUGACGAGAGCUUAACCUUGCUCAGCGGUAACACGGCGGACGUCACGAUUCCCUCGCCGCUCUCCCCUAUCGCUGGCCCGAUGUUGUCGACGCACAAGUACACCUACACCAACAAGAAGCGGAUCGCGUCGAAGGUGACGAGGAUGGAUUACCUGUCUUGGGAGAGUCCGAUGUCGGAGAGGACGAGAUCGAGCAGCGACGAAGAGGACUCGAGCAUAAGCGAGUCGAUCGGCAGUCAACCGGAGGAGAACGCGUUGAGCAACGGGCUCGAGGACAGCGUGCAGAGCCUCAAGUCGCUGUCGAACGAACGGCGUUGCAACUAUCUGAAAAAAAAGGAUAAGUUACAGGUGAACGCGAGAGUGGUGUUGAAUAGAGCGGAUCACAAGAGCAGCCUGUCGACGAAGCGUAUCAAAGCGAACCAAGAAUCGAUCCAAGACUCGGUGAUGGUUUCCAGUGACAAGGCUUCGGAGCCCUCGGACGAUGAAACGGGGGGGAACAUCGCUUUGGUCGAGCCGGACUGCCGAGCUAGACGGUCGAGUUUGCGCGGACACGUUAAGAAGGGGUGUGCCUGUUGCAACGGCUCCCCAGAACGGCCGAAAAAGAAAUCGGUGAAGUCCGAUCACUCGCGAUUGAAGAAACGAUUGUCCUCGAAACAGACCGGAAAGAAAAGGUAG